UCAUGGGCGUUUCCGAGUUUGUUGUGUCUGGAUGUUGUGUGUAGGAGCAUCUAGGAUGCCACGUGGAAAGCGAGGCCGCACUUGCCAGGUGGCCCCUCCGGCCAGAAGAGCACCUGCAGCUCAGCCUCCAGCAGCAGCUGCACCAUCUGCAGUUGGCUCACCUGCCGCUGCACCCCGGCAGCCAGGCCUGAUGGCCCAGAUGGCAACCACUGCUGCUGGUGUGGCUGUGGGCUCUGCAGUGGGGCACACGCUGGGUCACGCCAUCACGGGGGGCUCCAGUGGAGGAGGUAAUGCUGAGCCCGCAAGGCCUGACAUCACUUACCAGGAGCCUCAGGGAACCCAGCUGCUGGACCAGCAGUCACGUGGGCCUUGCUCUCUUGAGAUCAAGCAGUUUCUGGAGUGUGCCCAGAACCAGAGUGACGUCAAGCUCCGAGAGGGCUUCAGCGAAGUGCUGCGGCAGUGCAGAAUUGCAAAUGAGGACCAUCCCAGGAGAGUGGGUCGUGUAGAGAAGAAUGUUAAGAAAAGAAGAUAUAACGAGGAUUUCUUACAGUAUGGCUUCACGUCAAUAAUCACAGCAGGAAUUGAGAAACCGCAAUGUGUUAUUUGUGGUGGUGUUCUGUCAGCAGAGUCUAUGAAACCAAACAAACUGAGACGCCAUUUUGAUAGCAAGCAUCCAAGCUUUGCUGGCAAGGAUACCAACUAUUUUAGAAGCAAAGCUGAUGGACUCAAGAAAGCCAGACCUGACACGGGUGGCAAGUACCACAGACAGAACGCAGUAGCUGUGGAAGCUUCAUAUUUGGUGGCACUCAGAAUCGCCAGAACUAUGAAACCUCACACCUUCGCUGAGCAUUUACUGUUCCCAGUGGCCAAAGACAGUGUUCAAGUUAUGGUCGGAGACGAAUCUGUUACGCAGCUGAGUGCAGUUUCCUUAUCUAAUGACACUGUCCGAAGAAGAAUAAAUGACAUGUCUGCUGAUAUUCUUGAUCAGGUAAUCCAGGAAAUUAAAUCCGCUCCACUUCCAAUAUUUAGUCUCCAGCUUGAUGAAUCCACAGACGUCGCAAACUGUUCACAGUUGCUGGUUUAUGUGAGGUAUAUUAAUGAUGGCGACUUUAAAGAUGAGUUUCUUUUCUGCAAACCUCUUGAAACGACAACUACUGCACACGAUGUAUUUGAUGCAGUCGGCUCAUUUCUGAAAGAGCAGAAGAUCUCUUGGGAAAGCGUUUGUGGUGUUUGCACAGAUGGCGCUCCAGCUAUGCUAGGAUGUCAGUCAGGAUUUCAACGUUUGGUGCUAAAUGAGUCACCAAGACUGAUCGGGACUCACUGUAUGAUUCAUCUGCAAACAUUAGCAAUGAAGACAUUGCCGCCAGAGUUACAAGAAGUAAUGAAAAGUGUCAUAAGUUCUGUCAAUUUUGUAAAGGCGAGCUCUUUAAACAGUCGACUGCUUUUGCAACUGUGCAGCGAUUUGGAUGCUCCGAACAAAGCCCUGCUGUUUCAUACCGAAGGACGAUGGUUGUCAAGGGGGAAAGUUCUGAAACAUAUUUUUGAGCUUCGUGAUGAACUCAGAAUGUUUUUUAAUCAGAAAGCAAGACCGCAGUUCGAAGCACUUUUCAGUGAUAAAAGUGAAUUGCAGAAAAUAGCUUACUUGGUUGACAUCUUUGCCAUCUUGAAUGAGUUAAAUCAGUCGCUGCAAGGACCAAACGCAACAUGCCUCGAUUUGUCUGAAAAGAUCCAGUCAUUCCAAAUGAAACUUCAGCUUUGGCAAAAAAAGUUGGAUGAAAAUAAAAUUUACAUGUUGCCUACCUUAUCCGCCUUCUUUGAGGAACAUGACAUCGAAGCACAUGAAAGAAUUACAAUGAUAAUUUCUGUGAAAGAACACUUGCACGUGCUUGCAGGUGAAAUUUCAUGGUACUUUCCUGAUCUACCAGAUGUCCCAUUUGCACUUGCCAGAAGCCCAUUUACAGUCAACGUUGACGAUGUUCCUGAGAUGGCGCAAGGGGAGUUCACCGAGCUCAUGAACAGUGAUGCAGCGAGGACUGAUUUCUCCACGAUGCCAGUCACAAACUUCUGGAUCAAGUGUUUGCAGCCAUACCCUGUUCUGGCCGAGACCGUGCUGCGCCUCCUCCUUCCGUUUCCAACAACGUAUCUCUGUGAAGCAGGGUUCUCCAGCUUGCUGGUUAUCAAGUCUAAAUACAGAAGCAGACUCGCUGUGGAAAACGAUCUUCGCUGUGCUCUUGCAAAGACUGCGCCGAGAAUUCCCGAUCUGGUGAGAAAGAAGCAGUCUCAACCUUCCCACUGACUUUUUAUGCCUACUGUCCCGAAACGUAGCAGUGUAGUUUACUGUCCCUAUGUUGACUGUUAUCUGUGCCACACCGUGCUUCAAGACAGAAUUUCAUUUAUUCAUAAGUGAAAAUAAAUAUUUCACAAUAUAUAAUUACAUGU